ACGAUGGUUCGCUUCAAGAAUCGGUGGAUUCUCGUCGAGUUCCUACCCAUGUCUCCUACUAGCACCUCCGACCAAGACCUAACCGGUCAACGCAUCUUCAACGCCCUCCGACAAAGCAUAAUCUCCAACUUUGGAAGCGCAGGCUGGGGCUCUGUCGCCGCUUCCCUUUCCGUCAAAUACUUCUCGCCCACGACGAACCUCUGUAUCGUCCGUGUCGCGCGCGAUCCAUACCGCACGGCAUGGGCGGGCGUGAGUAUGCUUUCGAAUAUUGAAGGGAAGGUGUAUUUGCCUAAUGUUAUACAUGUCUCUGGCACAAUAAAACAUACCCAACUCGCAGCUAUAGAACACAACCGAACCAUCAUCGCCCGCUACCGCGCUUCUUCCAAAACGCCUACCCAUCCUCAUAUGGCCGAUUCAUACGAGGGUUACCUCGAGAAAAGCGCGAUGGAGAUCUCGAGCCUGCAAGAUUAAAAUCCAGACAUAUAUCACUUGAUUCCAUCAUACCGCCAUGUCCUGUCGCUAUUUCCGCCGACCCGAGCCCGAUCUCAUCCCACCCGACGCUGUCCUUGAACCUCCCCUAAGUACGACUCUUGAAAAUCCCCAACGACUCCUUCCUUCGGCAAAGUCGAACUGUACCGUACCACUGUCCGCCUUGAGCCGAACCGAGUCGAAGCUUAACGCGGACUGGUUAAUAAGCAAUGGGUUGCGUGGAGCUCAAGGGUAAGGGAGGCGAGGGGUUGGGUCGAAUGAGGCAGGAAAGGGAGGAGAGGGGAGGGAGUGGAGGACAGAACCGCUGAUCAUGACUAUUGGGACUGGGCAGGAUGUGAGUGGGACGCGUACAAUCAGGAGCAAGAGGAAUGGGACGUGUAGAAAGGGUAGAGGCCGUCAACGGAUCAGCACGAGCGGGUUGCUCUGGGAUGCGUUCGAGUUGGACGGGGCGAGUACGAACGACGACGAAAAAAGUUACAUUUCUACGUUUAGUGGUUGGAUGUGGCCCAAGAUGCAGAUAGCUGUUAGAUGCAAAUGCUAUAGCAUGAGCCUGAGUAGG